CUUCAGACACUCCUACUUCAACAAGUCCGCCACGGCUCACUGGCUGUGACAGUUCCUCACCUAACCAUAGCUACACUCGUUUUCAUCUCUGUUCAGCAAAGACUAAUAACUCUGGAUUACUCUUCAUUGCUUCCUGUCAGCUACUUCUGAGGAAAAGUGAAAUCCACAUAAAUCUUUCCACCCUGUGGCUGUCAGCAUGGACAUGUUUUUCCGACGGCACUUCCGCCGGAAGUUGGAUCCAUGCCGGUGUCACAGGCCCAGUGUUGCCGUGCCUGCCAGUAAAGCCCGCCGGCGCUCAAGUGUGGGUUUGGCCAGCGCUGGCUUGACUCACCGCCGUAGGUCAAGCUUGGGCCUUCCGGGGCCUGGGGCUAUUAUGGGCCACCACAGGCCCUCUCCACCCCAGGCCUCUGGUGGGAAGAUGUUACGGAGGCAGCAUAUGGCCCGCAGGCGCUCCAGCGCUACCACCACCACCUGCCUCACCCCACGCUUCUCUGUGCGCCGCCGGCGUGCUGCUAAGCUACGCACCAUUGACACCCACCUAUUAGGGCCCUCCAUGCUUCUGGCCAGUCUGGUGCAGAUGAGUGAAGAGAAGGAAGCCAUCCAGCCAGUGGAUGAGGCAGAGACGGAGGAAGGAUUGGAGGAUGAUGCCUCUUCAGCCUCUGGCUUUGAAUCUCUAGGUGGCAGCAGCAGUGACUUUGAGGAAGAGGCAGACACCUGCCUGGACAGGCAAACAGAGAGCACUUCGUGGAGGGACUGGGAACUUUUGCAUGGCCUUGAGGCUACAGCAGCAGAGGGCAUCCAGCCUCGACCCCUGAUUCGUGCACCUCGCUGCCUGCGUCGCAACUCCUCUCACCUGUUACCAGCUGAUGCUGUGUACCACACCAGGACAUCAUAUGGCCUUUAUGGACGAUACCGCCGGUCUAGCCAGGCCCGUCAGCCCUCCUUCAGCCCUUACUCAGCUGGGCUCUGGCAGGGGAAGACAGGACUGGCAGCUGGGCCCCGGAACUCAGUGACUGGACGGAGGGGCUCUACAUCCCUCCACGGAAACUGUUCAGCAUGCUGGAGGCUCUCUGGCCGCAGAGAAUCACUUAGUCACCUUCAGUGCACAUACUAUGACCCCAGUGUGGAAACAUGGAGUGGGUUCCUCUCGAAAGCCAUUGCUAAAUCAGGUCUGCAGCAUCUGUCUACCCAGCCCUGUGCCUCUGCCUUGGCCAAGUGUGAGCUGGACCGAGAGAUCCGUUCUAGUGUUGACUGGAGUGAGAAUGCUGUGUAUGGAGAGCACAUCUGGUUUGAGACCAAUGUCUCUGGGGACUUCUGUUAUGUUGGAGAGCAGCACUGCCUUGCCAAGACACUGCAAAAAUCUGUCAUGCGGAAAAAAUGUGCAGCCUGUAAGAUAGUGGUUCAUACCAUCUGCAUCGAGCAGCUGGAGAAGUUGUCACAAACAGAGGCCCAACUGCAGGGUCAGUGGCUGGAUAAGCUGCCCCACAAAGACCAAGCUUUCCGAAUCAAUUUUAGAUGUAAACCAUCAUUCAGGGAAUCAGGAUCCAGAAAUAUUCGGGAACCUUCAAUAGUGCGACAUCACUGGGUCCACAGACGUCGACAGGAUGGGAAGUGCCGACAAUGUGGGAAGGGUUUCCAGCAGAAGUUUGCAUUUCAUAGUAAAGAGAUUGUGGCCAUCAGCUGUUCAUGGUGUAAGCAAGCAUACCACAAUAAGGUGACAUGCUUCAUGCUACAACAGAUUGAAGAAGCGUGUUCUCUAGGUGCUCAUGCUGCAGUAAUUGUUCCACCCACAUGGAUCAUUCGUGUACGCAGACCUCAGUCGUCACUUAAAUCUAGUAAAAAGAAGAAACGGACCUCAUUCAAACGCAAAUCCAGCAAGAAGGGAGCUGAGGAGGCUCGCUGGAAGCCUUUCAUUGUCAGGCCCAUCCCCUCCCAGCUAAUGAAACCUGUGCUUGUAUUUGUCAACCCUAAGAGUGGGGGUAAUCAGGGAGCCAAAAUCAUCCAGUCUUUCAUGUGGUACCUCAAUCCCAGACAAGUAUUUGACCUCAGCCAAGGAGGGCCAAAAGAGGGCUUAGAAAUGUAUCGCAAAGUCCACAACCUGCGGAUUUUAGCCUGUGGGGGUGAUGGAACAGUGGGAUGGAUACUCUCUACCCUUGACCAACUCAAUUUGAAUCCUCAGCCUGCUGUGGCUGUUCUUCCUCUUGGCACAGGAAAUGAUCUGGCCAGGACACUUAACUGGGGAGGGGGCUAUACAGAUGAACCUGUGUCAAAGAUCUUGUCUCAUGUCGAAGAUGGGAACGUUGUCCAGCUGGACCGUUGGAACCUCAUUGUGGAGCCCAAUCUUGAGGCUGCAGGAGAGGAGAAGGAUGACCAGCAGACAGAUAAACUUCCCUUGGAUGUAUUCAACAACUACUUCAGCCUCGGCUUUGACGCUCAUGUGACAUUAGAGUUCCAUGAAUCUCGAGAAGCCAACCCUGAGAAAUUUAACAGCCGUUUCCGUAACAAGAUGUUCUAUGCUGGGACUGCGUUCUCAGACUUCCUCAUGGGUAGCUCUAAAGAUCUGGCCAAGCACAUUAAGGUUGUGUGUGAUGGUACGGACCUCACCUCAAAAGUGCAGGAGUUGAAACUGCAAUGCCUCGUGUUCCUGAACAUCCCAAGGUACUGUGCUGGCACCAUGCCCUGGGGAAAUCCAAGUGAGCACCAUGACUUUGAGCCACAGCGCCAUGAUGAUGGCUGUAUUGAGGUGAUCGGCUUCACCAUGACCUCACUGGCCACACUGCAGGUGGGAGGCCAUGGCGAGAGGUUGAACCAAUGCCGGGAGGUCACCCUGACCACUUACAAGUCCAUCCCCAUGCAGGUGGAUGGGGAGCCUUGCAAGCUGGCCCCCUCCAUCAUCCAUAUCUCCCUGAGAAACCAAGCUAACAUGGUACAGAAGACCAAAAGGAGGACCUCUAUCCCACUGCUCAAUGACCAACAGCCUUUUCCAGAGAGGUUGCGGAUACGUGUGAACCGCAUCAGCAUGCAUGACUAUGAGGCCCUGCAUUAUGACAAGGAGAAACUCAAAGAGGCUUCCAUCCCACUGGGACUCAUUGUUGUUCCAGGAGACAGUGACCUGGAAACAUGCCGCUCUCACAUUGAGAGGCUACAAGAGGACUUCAUCUCUUUUCAUCCCUCUUUUCAGCGAUUGGUGCUCCAGGAGGGCGAUGGGAACAAAUCAAAGACCCUGUCCUCUCAGAGGCUUUCACCAAAGUGGUGCUUCCUGGACUCUACUACUGCAGACCGCUUUUACAGGAUUGAUCGUGCACAGGAGCACCUGAACUAUGUGACUGAGAUCUCGCAGGAUGAGCUCUUCAUUCUGGAUCCUGAGUUGGUUGUCACAGAGACUGUGAGUACAUCACCUGGGAUGCCUGAACUGGUGGACUCUUUGGAAGAAUUCACAGCCAGCUCACGCAAAUUUGCUUUUCCAUCAUCAUCCUCCUCUCCACCCUCUUCUCCUGGCCCCAGAGUUCAGGAGCUCAAACGGACUGCUCAGAGGAAACGUGUCUCUAGUGACAGCUCGGUAGCUGAGGCACUCACUCAUGGUGACUCAAUGAGGGCCACCAAACCAGCGCUCACCAGGGUGGGGGGUGUUCACCGAUCAAACACAACAGCAGCUGAUUUUAAACCAACUAGCAGGUCUGAGAGGAAUGCAUUGUGCAGUGCAGACUCAGUCACAACUGAAGAGCUGAUUGAAUGUGUAAAAAGGAAGGACCAUCAAAGGUUGAAAGAUCUCCAUAAACUGGGUGCCAACCUAGCAGUGCAAGAUUCACAUGGCCGCACUCUACUUCACCAUGCAGUGGAUGUGGGUAGCAAAGAGAUUGUCCGCUACAUUAUUGACAAUGCACCCGUUGAUAUCUUGGAUGUAACAGAGGGAGAAAAUGGGGAGACUGUCUUGCACAAAGCUGCGUCUUUGUGUCACAGAACCAUCUGUCACUACCUGGUGGAGGCAGGGGCCUCCUUGAUGAAGACAGACUUGCAAGGUGAUACGCCAAAGCACCGUGCAGAGAAGGCCAAGGACGCCGAGCUGGCAGCCUAUCUGGAGAACCGUCAGCAUUACCAGAUGAUCCAGCGAGAGGACCAAGAGACCGCAGUGUGAUGGAUAACCUGGCCUUUUCUCACUUUGAAGCCUCCUUUACUUGUGCCAAACCAAUGCCAACCAAAUAUAUGGAAACUCAUGGAAUUUGUAGCUUUGGUGGGAAUGCAUUUCACUGCCUUCUUCUAGACAGGCGAGAGCAGCCUGAGAGUGUGGCUAAUGAGUGGUGUUCUACUAACAUAAGCAAUGGAUGUGCAAAAUUAGCAGAUCCUAUUUAUUUAUUGUACUGCCAAAAGCAUAGUAUUUGUUUAUGUGUAUGUGUGCAUAGUAUGUUGUAUCUUUGUGUGUGUGUGUGUGUGUGUGUGUGUGUGUGUGUGUGAUUAGAAGAAAGUGUAUUGUUUAGACUUCAAAGUUCAUGUUGAGCUGCAAAACUGAAUGUUAGAUUGUUAGAUGAGUUGAGUUCAAAGAAAACUUGGGGAUGACAUGGGUUUUGAGCUGGGUCAGCUAAAGAUGAAAAAUGUAAUUUGAAUUAAAGAAAUUACUUUUCAGUUGCUGUUAUCCUGAACCUGUCAACCUCUUACAUGGAUAGGGGAGACUGAAAUAUUCUAAAGAGAUCAGUUUUAGAUUUCAAAAGGAUCAAAUUUAGCGUCUUUAUUGCUAUCGACUAUCUGUAUGAUGAUGAUGGCAUAGAGUCGGUGGUGUCAGAUCUUCAUUAGUUAAAUACUGCUGUUAAGCUUGCAUUCAUGUCACUUCUCUUUACACUGUAUUCUUUCUCUACACAAAAUUCACCAUCUUUACAUAGGAGGGUAACACACUGAAGGUCCCUAUAUUAGAUAUUAGUGUAAACCUCUAUUUUUUUUUUUUUUUUUUUUUUUUUUUUUGCUACUUUACAUUAUAUAGCUUCCAAUGGUUUGUUGGUUGGCUUCCUUAUGGUUUCCAUAAGAACAUAGUAAAUGGUACUGUAAGUGUAUCUUAGAAGCCAUCUGUCAAAGCAGUUUUGCACUGUAGGUUAAAUUGCCUUGAAUAUAUUUUCUCUCUAUGGCUGAUUAUUGGAAUUUCUACUUGAUGUACUAAAGUAAUGGUUUAUUUCAUAUGACAUUUUACGGUAAAUGGAUGUUUGUAUAUUUUUUAGCAAUGAAUUUCUGUGUUGUCAUGUUUGUAUUAUAAAACCAAUUGUAAAUUUGAUAUAUUUUUUUCUCAAAGUACAGAGCAAUUUUAUCUCUGUUACACCUACUUGUGUGUGUACUCACUUCUUUAAUGAUUUUGAUCUUCAAAAACUUCAUAGAAGUAUGUCAGCUUUUGCUGUAAAAUUAUAGAUGAAAGGAUAUUAUUAUUAUCA